ACCGGACCCCACACUUCCCAAACACUUCCAAAUCUCACCGGAGCCCCCAAUCCACCGCGAAGCACCAGAUCCUUCCCCCCACGAUCUCCACAGAAACAAAAACCAAACCGUGAAACUGGAAACCAGUCAAAGACUCAGAAACACAGUCCGGACAACAACAAAAAACGAUGUACAUGAACAACGGUUACAGCAGCGCCAGCACCAAAAACGGCGUCAAUCUAACGUCGUCGUCGGCGGCGGCGGCGACGACAUCGGGCGCAACGACGUCGUCGUCCGGUGCGCAAACCCAGUCCCUGAUAAAGGCGUAUUUCAAGACCCCGGAGGGGCGGUACAAGCUGCACUCGGAGAAGACGCGGCCGGCGAAUCUGCUGCCCUAUUCCUACGCCAAGACAAUCUCGCAGGUCACGCUAGCCCAGCUGAAGGAGAGGCCCAACCAGGCGGCGGCGGGGCCGGUCCCCGGGAACAUCGCCAGCGGGAGUGUGCGCCACGCGGCGGCGAGGCUGUUGGGGGUUGGGGCUGGAAAUGGGAGCAAGGCGCUUAGUUAUUUGGGCGGUGGGAGUAGUAAGACGAGUAAUGGAAGUAGUAGGAGUGCUCAUUUUGGAGGACUAGGGUCCAAUGGGUAUGGGGCCCAUUCGUCGCCGACUUCGAGUCACGGCGGUAAAGGGUCGUUCUUGGUGUUCAAUGUUGGAGAUACUAUCUAUAUUUGCGAUCUCAAUUCGCCAGAUAAGGAUCCUAUUAAAGCGUUGCAUUUUAGUAAUUCGAAUCCGGUGUGUCACGCGUUUGAUUCGGAAGCCAAGGAUGGGCAUGACUUGCUUAUUGGAUUGAGCUCUGGAGAUAUUUAUUCAGCCUCUUUGAGACAACAAUUGCAAGAUUCUGGGAAGAAGCUUGUUGGUGCCCUGCAUUAUAACAAAGAGUGUUCUGUUAAUACCAGUCGCUGUACCAGUAUUGCAUGGGUUCCCAAAGGCAGUGGUACUUUUAUUGCUGCUCAUGCUGAUGGAAACUUGUACGAGUAUGAGAAGGGCAAGGAUAGUACCGGUGAUACUUCUUUCCCAGUUAUAAAGGAUCCUGCUCAGUUUUCAGUGUAUCAUGCAAGAUCCAGUAAGAGUAAUCCAAUUUCCAGAUGGCAUAUUUGUGAAGGUUCAAUAAACAGCAUUGUUUACUCUCCGGAUGGGACAUAUUUGGCUACAGUUGGUAGAGAUGGGUACUUGCGAGUAUUUGACUACUCAAAAGAACAACUGAUAGGUGGUGGCAAGAGUUAUUAUGGUUCUCUUCUAUGUUGUACUUGGAGUCCGGAUGGAAAAUAUGUUUUGACUGGAGGGGAAGAUGAUCUUGUUACGGUAUGGAGCAUGGAAGAUAGGAAGGUUGUAGCUUGGGGUGAAGGACAUAACUCAUGGGUUAGUGGUGUGGCUUUUGACUCGCAUUGGUCAUCACCAACUUCGGAUGGCACAGAAGAAAAUCUUGUUUAUCGCUUUGGCUCUGUUGGUCAGGACACAAAACUACUCCUGUGGGAACUCUCCAUGGAUGAGAUUGUAGUUCCGCUUCGCCGGUGUUCAGUUGGUGGCUCUCCAACAUUCAGCACUGGUAGCCAGUCAUCCCAUUGGGACAGCAGUUACCCGGUUGGCACUCUCCAACCUGCUCCAAGCAUGCGGGAUGUUCCCAAGCUCUCCCCACUAGUGGCUCACUGCGUUCACACCGAGCCCCUGUCUAGUUUAGCUUUUACCCAGGAAGCUAUUCUCACUGCAUCUUGGGAAGGGCAUGUAAAAAUUUGGAUGAGACCAGGCGAACCCGAAAGUAAAUCCAUCAACUCAGAAGCUCUGCCAGGUGCUAGUUUGAGGGACCAACUACCACCGACAGGAAAAAGUUACUCAGAAUCAUUGAGGGGUUACCCAUUGCCUGAAAGUAAGUCAAACAACUCACAAGCUCUUCUAGGUGCUAGUUCAAAGGAGCAACAGCCAUCGACGGGCAAAGGUGGUGCCUUUAGUUAUAAAGACUUCUCAAAAAGCAACCGAUACCUUCCGUAGAGCUGAAUCGCAGUUUGAACCUGUAAUUACGGCACUUCAACUCACAUGUUUCCUUCAGAUUGUGAUAUGUAUGCAUGCCAGGUCAGAGUUUGUUUCAGUCGAUGACUAUGCACAUAGGUAUUAAUCUAGCUUAAUGGUAACAACUGUAGAGAGUGAGAGAGAGAGAUGCAUAUGUAAGUGUAGUAACCAUAUAUAUGGGAACUGGUGAAGUGGUUCUAGGAAUUUUUAAGGGUAGGCUUACAACUCACAACUUACAACUCACAUAUCUUUCGGUUAAUGGUGACUCAGAAAAAUAUCUAUAUGACAAAAGGAAAAUACAUGCAUAAGCAUAAGUUGCCAUUAUUUUGUCCCUGCAGGGCCAAAAUAUUUUCAAAUUUAUUUCUAAGA